UGCAGAUCAGAGAUAUCUGCACUAGCAGACUUAUGCAAGAUAUCAACAGAAUGAAAACCGCUGCUGACGUAGAGGAAACAUUUAUUCUAGUGGCUUAGAAACCUAAUUUUAACCUCCUGGUUUGUAACAUCUUGACCACAAAGCAUCAAGAGCUAGAGUGAAAGAUUUACAGACGGCUUACAAGCAUGGAGGUCGUUUUCAAGGAAGGAAAGCUGUACCUUCAAAGCGUCAAGUUUGGAAAAAAAUCAUGGCGGAAAGUAUCGAUGGUGCUUUUUAAACCCAGCUCCUCGGGGGUCGGUCGGUUUGAGCUCUCUGUACUUGACAAAAAUGCCGCUGCUGACCAGAGGAAGGUCGGUCGGCAGAAAACACCUGAAAGAAAAGUGGUGCGUCUCCAGGACUGCCUCAGUUUCCUCCCUGCUCCAAAGGUGUCCUGCCCUUCGGGUUGCACCGCCUUCUACUUACACACCGCUCAAUGCUCCUUCACCCUGGCCUCCACCACAAGCCAGGACUGGCUUAGUGCCCUCUCACUUCUGGCCUUCCAGAAGGAUCCAGGGGAAUCACACAAAGGGACUUUUGAAAGAGGAAAUGGCUUGACCAUGGAAGACAAUGACAUUUACUCAUCUUGGAAGACCGAUGUGACCCUUCCUCCAAACCAUUACCAAGUGAUUGUCCAGAGCACUGAGGCAUCGAGGAGGUGCCGGUUGGCUGGGAAGUAUCUGGCCUCCCCACAGAAAGAGGCUCUGAUACUUCUGGAGAUCAAUACUGAUCACAUCAUCUACCGCUGGCCAUACCGUUUUUUGCGCAAAUUUGGACAUGUUGAGGACGGAUUCAGCAUUGAAGCAGGCCGCCACUGUGAGUCAGGAGAAGGCGUGUUCACCUUCCUGUCCGAACAUGGUUCCCAGAUCUUCCAGGCUAUAUCAGAUCAGUGCUCCAUGGAGAGGAGGUCAUCUAGCAAGUUUCACAGAUCAUCGAUGUGUGAGCUGUCUACUGGUAUCCUCCCAACCACAACCAACUGGUGCCCUGCUCCUCCAGUCUACAAUCAUGCAGAUGUUGACACAGCGGACGAGUCUGACACCCAAUACUCUACUAUUAAUUACAACCCUGUACUAAAUGUAAGAUCGCUAUCUCUUUUUGAACCUCAUAGCAAUGAGAUGCUUGGAGAGGAAGGUGAGGAGGAACGUUGUUAUUCCCUGGACGCUGUAAACCGAGGUAAUGUCAUGGAGGACGACAUUUAUUACAACGUAAGGAGCGCCACACUUCCAAUGAUCAGACAAAAUGAGGUCAAACCAAAGAUGGACCCAGAGUGCAUCUAUGCCCAUGUGAAAAAAGUGGAUCCUCGUUCAGAGCCCCAGCUGCAGCUCUUGUCGUCACCCUACCCACAGCCUCCUCCCUGCACCUUUCCCCAGUCUGUCCCCUACGCCCCAGCCCAUUAUCAAUACCAGCAUCAGCCCUCUGCAAAUGACUUCUUCCAGCCGGGGUACAAUGCACAGGCACAGGCGGUGGAUGACAUGAAGGAGACGGAGGAGGACAUGAGCUCCUCCACCCUUGCUACCCCCGCAGAGGUCCCUGGCAGUUUUAAACACAGGCUGGCAGAAAUCCUUUCUAAGGACCUGGCAAAGUUCCAGCCACCUAUUCCCUCUGGAGCAGGCAGCCCCACGUUUUCUCAUUAGGCUAUUAACAGAAAGACCAGGAGGAGAGCUUUUAAUAUGAUAGACUGUCAUGAAGCAGUAUUAGUUUCCUUAUUUCUUUGCAAUCCUCUCUGCUGGGAACAUUUGGCAUCAGACUUUGGCUUACAAAUCUAUAUUUAUCUGUAGCCUGUAUGAAAACGCCUCUGGAACACAUUUUAUUCUGUGGAUUGUUUUGCAAAAAGAGGAUUAAAUGUAGUGUUGUGCUUCACUGAAGCUAUAUGUUCUGCUGUAUUUUAAUGUGACAUUGCCAUUAGCUGAUUAGCUUAAUGAACCCUUGAACUGUUUCAUUAAGGAAAUAGCUUUAAAGAAAAUAUGUUUCAUUGUUAUAUUCAGAGUUUUAACCAAUGUUUAUUUCCAUUUCUUAGGGAAUGAUAGUUUUUGUCACAUAUUAAUCAACAUUUUGGCAGCACUACUGCAUUUUGGAUAUGGAUGCAUCAGUCUGCUUUGGACUGGUAGAAAUAUUGACACUGAGUAAUGUCCUGCUGACAAUGAAACAUCAAAAAUACAACUUAAAAUGCA